AUCAAUUGUUAGCCGUGUCAGAAUUCUAACUUUGUGUCCGAAGCAAAAUGAAUAUUUAUUAAAAAAAAAAUGUUAGCAAAUUGGCAAAAUUGGUGUAGAUUAUGUGGGAAGGACGAUUUCAAAAAUGAGGACAUUAUUUAUAAAAUUGAAUCAAUAAGAGAACAAUUGGAAAUUGUUAAAAAAUACUUUCUAAUAUCGGUUCUCCCCUUGGAUGGGGUCUACAUAUCAAUUUGCAGUGAUUGCUCAACUUUUCUGAUGAAGGUGGAUGACUUCAGAAAACAUUGCACGAAAGUGGAUCAAAUGUUCAAUGAAUUGUUGCUCAAAAAGGACUUUUCAGAUGAUGAUCUUCAAGCCAUUCGCUAUAAAUUUGGAGUUGAUACCGAAGAGAAAUUCAUCACCCAUUUAUCACAAGAACUGAAUGAAGAAGAGAAAAAAGAUAUCCCUGUACCUGAUUAUUCCUCAGAUCCUCUUGAUACGGACUAUCAUGAUACAACGGAAGUUUCUGAAGUAGUUAAAGAGGAACCGAGUGAAGAAUUAAAUGUUGUUCGUGGAAAACGUGGACGACCGAGAAAAUCAACAAUACCUUCAAGAAAACCUCAGAGAUUGACUGCAUUUAGAAAAGUCAAAGCCAAGGAGAAAAGUUUUGAGAAUGAAGGUAGUGAAGAGGAACCAUCCACAGAGAAAUUGCCUCCGAAAGAGCAGAAAAAGAGAGGAAGAAAAGCAGCAGAGCGAGAAUGUAAAAUUUGUUCGAAGAAAUUCACCCGGCUUAUGGGACUAAAAAAUCACAUAUUGGCGAUACAUCGUAAAAAUGAAAUGCCACUUGUUUGCUCAAAAUGCCCCAAGAGAUUUGUUUCAAAAACAAAUUUGAAGAUGCACGAAAUUUCACAUUUACCAGAUGAGGAGAGGCUCAUCUUUAGUUGUUCGCACUGCGGAAAAAAAUUCAGUAAGAAGAGUAAUUUGAAAAUUCACAUCAAUUCCAUCCAUACGAAGGAUAAGUUAUUCAUUUGCGAAGAAUGCGGAAAGUCUUUCAACACAAAAGGUGGCCUUUAUGAGCAUCGUGUUGUUCACACGGAUGAGCAUCCGUUUCACUGCUCCUUCUGUCCGAAACAAUUCAAGAAUACAUCCGCCAAGAAGCGACAUGAGGAAAUUCACGCUGACAUCAAACAUGAGUGUUCCUAUUGUGGGAUUAAAUUGAAAACAAGGAGAACACUACGGCUACACAUGGUGGUUCAUUCGGAUAAGAAGAACUACAAAUGCAACUACUGUGGCAAUGAAUACAAACGUGCAAAGACUCUGAAGGAUCACCUGUUCCUGCACACUGGUCAGCGUCCGUAUGAGUGCCCCUUUUGCGAUAAAACCUUUUCAAACAAUUCCAAUUGUCGAAGUCACAAAAAGAAGGAUCAUCCACUGGAACUGGCUGCUUUGGAAGCAACAGGACAACAACAGAGAGUUACACAUCUUCCCAGACUGGAAGAUUUGCAAUCCAAAAUGCUGGAACAUUGGCAAAAUUGGUGCAGAUUCUGUGCGCGGCAAGAUUACACCAAUGAAGAUGGAACAAUUCAAGAUUUAGAAUUGGUUGGGGAUAAAAUAAAUAUUGUCAAGGAGUACUUUUUGAUAACGCUUCUACCCUUCGAUGAGAUUCAGUACAUUUGCAAUGAUUGUUCGGCCUUCCUAGAAAGAGUUGAUCAUUUCCGGGAUAAUUGCGUGAAGGUGGAGCAUAUGUUUAGUGAAUUAAUGCGGUAUAGAAACAUGACUGAUGUUGAAAUUCAGGCACUUCGUGCAAAAUUUGGAUUUGAUAGUGAAGAUCUCACGACCCUCAACAACCUCUAUUCCCAGCCAUUAAAUGAGGAAUCAGACGUUGAUACCGUCAUGGCAAAGGAAUACAAUAAUCCCGAUGAGGUGAUUUAUCAGGAAAUUGUUGUUGUGAGUCGAGAUCAACUUGAAGCGGAAGAAAUUGACGUGAAAGCUGAUCCUGUUCCAGUGAAACUUGAAAGAACAAAAUCUCCUCAAUUAGAAAAUUCCAUGCCGAAUGAGAAAAAAAUGAAAAUUGAGAAGGAGAGUGAAGAUGAAAUGGAAACAUUGGUAGAGGUGGAUGAAGCAGAGGAAGUUGAUGAGGUGGUGGAGGAGGAAAAGCCUGUUGUGAAGAAAUCUCCGCGGAAGCGCAAAAAGAAAGAAGUAAAGCCAUUCAAGGCAAUUCGUGAGAAGGUCUGCAAGAUUUGCUACAAAGUCUUCAUCAGCUACAGCGGACUGACAAAUCACAUGAUAACAAAGCAUCCAACGGACGAUCAGGAAACCUAUGCCUGCCCCCAAUGCCCGAAGGAGUUUAUUUCGAGACGCUCAUGGAGGAAGCACCAAAUGACGCAUCUGUCCCCUGAGGAGAAGCUAAUUUACAGCUGUGAAUUCUGUGAGAAGAAAUUCACAGCAAAGAGUACACUGAAGACGCACAUUGACAGCUUUCACGAGAAGAAGACACUCUUCGUGUGUGACGUCUGUGGGAAGUCGUGCAACACAAAGGGGGCCCUCAUGCAGCACCGCCUUGUGCAUUCCGAUGACUAUCCGUACGAAUGUUCGUAUUGCGGGAAGAAAUUCAAAUUCCUGCCCGAUAAGAGGCGACAUGAGGAAAUUCACACAGACACCAAAUACGAAUGCCCCCACUGUGGGCUUAUGCUGAAUACAAAGCGCAACCUCCGGCUCCACAAAGCCGUUCAUUCGGACGAGCGGAAGUACAAAUGCAACUACUGCGGGCAUGAAUUUAAACGUCCGGCGGCGCUUAAGCACCACCUACUUCAGCACACGGGUCAGAGACCCUACAAAUGUCUUUUCUGCGAAAAAUCCUUCACGAAUAAUGUCAACUGCAAAGGGCACCAAAAGAAGAAGCAUCCAGAUGAAUGGGAGGCCUUUGUUGCGUCCGGGCAGCAGCAACAGGUCACUAAACUUCCAAAGCUCGAGGAGUUGCAGACAAUGCUCGAAACUCCGGAAUAUUUGGAGGAAACCAUAGAACUGCAUGUAGAUCAUCUCUAUUAA